UAAGGGGUUUGUCUGCACCGCCAACAACAAGGAUUGCUCACAGAUCGUAACUUGCCAAAGAAGAAGGAUGAUUCAGUGUUUUUUUAAGUUGCAACUUUUGCAGCUAUUACAGAUAUGACUUUAUUGCAAAACAAGCAGUGGAUAACCUGAUUUUCUUUUGUUCAUCUGCCUGUGCAGGACAGGUAGAACAAAGUGUGGGGAAAAAGCAGCUACCAUCUAAAUGCCUGUGUGAGUCUGCUGAGUAAAGGAGCCAGAGGAUGCAGGUGGCAGCGAGGCUUUGCUCUAGCUUGUUUGAAGUUUUUUCCCAUGUCAAAGGUGAAGGAUUAUGCCUGGCAUAGGAAUUUAAUCUUCAAAUGAAGAACUUUAUGAGCUGAAUCUCAACAACUCCCGGGCAGAAUGUGAGCAUUGGCUUGUGCUGCAGGCUUGUAUUUUUUAUUAAGGAUGUGUGUGUGAAUCAGUGUUAGUAAAGUGCCAUGCUAUUCCUUAGCAGUGGGACUGUGGAUGCGACCCCAAAGAGUACAGCUAUUGGCCCACAGCAGCAGGGGAAAACGGUUUACCACAUCUCUGUAAUCCUGAAAGAAACACAGGGAGAUGCGCCGGUGUCAGGGCUGGGAAUGGGCCAGGUCACCCACACCCUGGUGGAAAAUUGCCAACCAGGAGGAGAGAUAAUUAGCGUAAUGCCAAUGGAGAACAGCCCCAGGCUGGGCAGGGCACGACAGGAGCUUGACAGGUGGCCCUCCCUGAGCUGCACAGGUAGAGCUGGGAGGAAAAGAGAGGAGGUAGUUGUGGAGGAGAAUGAGGAGGAGUUGGAGGAGGUGGAGGGAAAAAUGAGGACAGACAGGUUUUUGAAACAGCCCUCCAAGAACUCAGGUAACUCCUCACAGCAAGACAGAGACGUGGCAGAGCUAUCUGCUCAGACAGACACUCAGGAACAACACAUUCGGAGCUCAACAUUAUGCCCUGUCACAGACCAUGCUAAAGGGCUUGUCUUUGGGGAACAUGGCACUGUUGCAGGGCACAGCUCUCUGCCUCGGGCUGUGUUACGAAGGUCACGUCAGGAUGAAGCUCCGCUGGGUAGGAAAACGGUGAGUAUGUAUGGCGACUCAUUCAAGCAACAAAGAGAUUCUCAACCUGAACAAGAAAGACGGCUGCGGAGGCCCAGGAGUGUGUGCAUGGUGGCAGGCCCAGGUGCAGUCCUGUCGGACCCCCAGACCCAGCUCCCCUUCAAGGCAAGGGCAAGCAUUUUAGAAAACAACCAGCAGUUCAGGAGCAGGAAGGCUGAGUUGAGGGCUGUGGAUGGCCUCAAUCCUGCUGUGGCUCAGCGGCCUUCAGCCCCUGCAGAGGUGACCCCCAGGGUCCGCCAGAGGAGCUUGAAGCCCAGGCCUGUCAGUAUGACAGUACUGGAGCUAAGAAAGAGGGGCUCUGAUGAUGAGAUAGACAGCCAGAGGAACUGCAGCCACACAGGCAGCGAUGGAGGAGGCUUUCUCAAAGGGGGCUUCCGCUGGAGGCUUUUUGGGAAAACACCACAAGAUAAGAGCAAGGAGAAGGAAAGUGACAAAGAUGAAAAAUCUUCUCCCAAAUCCAGCAAAUCGGAUGCUCCAAAAAGUACACUGAGCUCCUUAAGACGGAGCCUUAGUCUGCGAAUCAGGAGGACUCGGCCCCGGGACAAAGUUACUACAGGGUCUGAAACGGAGUCAAGGGAGCGCACUCGAACUAAAAGUACAUCUGAGGAGACAAUAAUGCCUCAGCGGCCUUUCUCGUACCUCACAGGAAGAAUGCUUCCAGCUUCUAGUGAGCAGAUUGAGGAUGGGGGCAUGCAGUACAUUCAGUACCACAGCAAGGGGAAGGUCAAGGUAAUGGAGGUACCCCUUUGUCCAACAAAACUGUCUUCCAAACCAGUUCAGGAGGAGCCAAGCAUAUGGCAGCUCAUAGCCAACCGUUUCAGGAGGAAAGAGCAGCCAUACAGUGGCAAAUGUGAAUCCCAGCUGUCCCAGAGCAAAGACACUGGCCAAUAUCCCCUGGCCGGGGAUAAUAAGUCACAGCCAGUCGCCAUAGAGACUCUGGCAGGCAUUGACUCCCACAAAGGUCAAGACUCCUUCGUCAACAGCCAGGAAUGGACAUUGAGUCGGUCAGUGCCAGAGCUGAAAGUGGGCAUUGUUGGAAAUCUGUCCAGUGGGAAGUCUGCCUUGGUCCACCGGUACUUGACGGGCACAUAUGUGCAGGAGGAGUCUCCUGAAGGUGGACGGUUUAAGAAAGAAAUAGUGGUGGAUGGACAGAGCUACCUACUUCUGAUCAGAGAUGAGGGAGGGCCUCCAGAACUGCAGUUUGCUGCCUGGGUGGAUGCGGUGGUUUUCGUCUUUAGCCUGGAGGAUGAGAUCAGCUUCCAGACAGUCUACAAUUACUUCUUGCGCCUAUCCAGCUACAGGAACACAGCUGAGGUCCCCAUGGUCCUCGUUGGAACACAAGAUGCAAUCAGUGCUGCAAACCCCAGAGUGAUUGAUGACUCGCGGGCCAGAAAGUUGUCAAACGACCUGAAGCGCUGCACAUAUUAUGAGACCUGCUCCACCUAUGGCCUGAAUGUGGAGAGAGUCUUCCAGGACGUUGCCCAGAAGGUUGUGGCCAUGAGGAAAAAGCAGCAACUCUCUAUUGGUCCAUGCAAGUCUCUUCCCAACUCUCCCAGCCACUCAUCAGUCCCCACUGCAUCAAUCCCCUCUGUUCACAUUAACCAGGCGGCCAAUGGUGGGGGUGCAUUCAGCGACUACUCCUCCUCUGUUCCCUCCACCCCCAGCAUAAGUCAGCGGGAGAUGCGCAUUGAGACCAUUGCUGCCUCCAACACACCCACACCCAUCCGCAAGCAGUCAAAGCGCCGCUCCAACAUUUUCACAUCACGGAAAGCCAGUGAACAGGCAAAGAGCGUUGACAGUAAAACAGACAGCAUAGGCAGUGGAAGGGCCAUACCUAUCAAACAGGGAAUCCUUCUUAAGCGAAGUGGCAAAUCCCUCAACAAGGAGUGGAAAAAGAAAUAUGUCACACUGUGUGAUAAUGGCGUCCUUACUUACCACCCCAGUUUACAUGACUACAUGCAGAAUGUGCAUGGGAAAGAGAUAGACUUGCUGAGGACUACAGUCAAGAUUCCCGGGAAGCGACCCCCCAGAGCGGUGGCCACUGUGGCCCCGACUGCUAGUCCCAAAACCAACGGGUUGACCAAGGACCGCAGCACCUUGCAGCUGGGCAUAGGAAGCACAGGCGCUCCUCACUCCAACAGUAGCACAUCCCUUCAGACGGGCGGGUCGGUGUUUGGCGGCAGUAAAGACGGCAUGCACCAACGCUCCUUCUCCGUGUCCAGCGCCGACCAGUGGAAUGAAGCCAUCAACACCAGUACAAGCAGCGGAGCCCCCAAUGGAAUGAGUGAUCCCACGAGUUCCAGUGUGGGCAGCGCCACAAGUCCCAAACUUGAGCCACCUCCUUCGCCCCACGCCAACCGCAAGAAACACAGACGGAAAAAGAGUACGGGCAUCACAAAGCCCGAUGGCUUAUCUGCAGGCAACGAAGAGCAAGAGGAUUCCUUCGAGUUCAUCAUUGUGUCGCUGACCGGUCAGACGUGGAACUUCGAAGCAUCUACAUAUGAGGAGAGGGAACUGUGGGUCCAAGCAAUUGAGAGCCAGAUCUUUGCCAGCCUGCAGUCCUGCGAGAGCAUAAAGAACAAGUCUCGGUUAGGCAGCCAAAGUGAUGCAAUGGCCAUUCAGUCCAUACGAAACGUGAGGGGGAACAGCUUCUGUGUGGAUUGUGAUGCACCCAACCCAGACUGGGCCAGCCUGAACCUGGGCGCGUUGAUGUGCAUCGAGUGCUCCGGGAUCCACAGAAACUUGGGCACCCACCUGUCUCGUGUCCGCUCCCUGGACCUGGAUGAUUGGCCGGUGGAGCUCAGCAUGGUGAUGACGGCCAUCGGCAACGCAAUGGCCAACAGCGUGUGGGAGGGCGCUUUGGAGGGCUAUACCAAGCCAGGGAGCGACAGCACCAGGGAGGAAAAAGAGCGCUGGAUCCGAGCCAAGUAUGAGCAGAAGCUGUUCCUGGUGGGACUGCCCCAGUCGGACGUGCCCCUGGGGCAGCAGCUGCUUCGGGCGGUGGUGGAGGAUGACCUGAGGUUGGUGGUGGUGCUGCUGGCCCACGGCACCAAGGAGGAGGUUAACGAGACCUACGGGGACGGAGACGGACGCACUGCUCUGCACCUCUCUUGCGCAAUGGCCAAUGUGGUCAUCACUCAGCUGCUUAUCUGGUACGGUGUUGACGUGAAGAGUCGGGAUGCUCGUGGCCAGACCACGCUGUCCUACGCUCGGCGAGCUGGCAGCCAGGAGUGCGCGGACAUCUUACUUCAGCACGGUUGCCCCAACGAUACAAGCAGCCUGACAUCCGUGCCCACGCCCAACAUGAGCCGCCGCAACCCCAAUCCCAACAUCAACAACAACAAUGCCCAGUGUGAGCUCAACCGCAGUAUCAGCAUCAUGUAGGAGCCCGGAGAGCAGCCGCAGACAAACACACAAAACCCUGAACCCGUCCCUGUCUCUUCCCAGUACUUCCUCCUCUGUUUCACACUGUGUAACCCAGAAUCAGUACUAAUGGAGAGAUGUCAGGAGUGAUGGACUCAUUGUUGAUAUUCCACUACGUCAAAAGAAGUGGGCGUUUGGGGUUUGGACAUUGUACAUUGUUUGUUUUUAUAUUAUUAUUUUGUAUUUGUUUUGUUAAAUUCAUUCAAUCUUGGUCUGAAAUGAUCAUGAUCAGCUUUAAGCUUUUUGUUUUUUAAGCAUCAACCAAACAAAUGACUUACUUUGGCAUUCAUACCUACCCUACGAAAAGCAUUUCCUUAAUGCUUGAACAUUUCCUUUUAUGUCUUCCCCUUCUGCGACAUGAACUGAUUUUGUAAUGAGCGCGAAUGAGAAACUUCCUUCAAAUUUCCAAGCCUAAGCAUAAUAACAUAAAACUGUGAGGAAUAGUUGUACAAGUGACAAAACAAUAAUGUGGGAAAGAAACUAAAUCUUCCACGAUAUCAGUGGCUGUUACAACUUCAGUAAUGAUUUAUGUCUUCAACACGGCUAUCAAACUCUUGACAUAUUAUUCAUAUACAAAGGCAAAGCAAUUAUAGUUUAAGAGUCCAAAUGAUUUAGAUACUUAAUUCACAGGAAAAAGGGUUCGGAUAGUCAUAAAAGAGUUGAUUGCAGAAUUCCUUUUGGGUGAAAGUGAGUCAUUUCCUUUGCCACCCUUAUCGUGAUCCUCAAGUAAAAGUGUCCAUGACUAUAAAGGAAUUAAGGGGCUUAAUGUUUUAUGACCAUUGAGCCACAUGGCAUUGUGAGCUUGCCUCUUCAAUCAGAAUUCAUUCAAAUUCAAAGGAUUCAUUGAAACAGUGAAAUUGUACCAUUACGAUGUCUUUGUUGGAGUAAUUUUCCGAUUGACCAGAUUGUCUUGAUAAUUGUUUGACACAGAUUUACCCAGUUUCAAAUCAUACUAUGUACUGGUAUGUCCCUUCACCUCCUGUGGCCAAAGGCUGUAAAAUUGGUUAUCUUGAAACCAUUUCCUCUUUCGUUGCUGUGAAAUACAUAUAUGGUGCUGUGUGUGUGUGUGUGUCCAUACAUAACCGUAUGAUACGUGUGUGCUUACGUCUUCGUCUGUAACCGUGUGCAGCAGAGAGCGACUGGGCAUUUCUGUUCAUAAACAUUGGAGAAAGGACACUGGAGAGAAGAGACCUACAGUGAAGAUUUGGGGAUGUACCUGUGUUUUAAUGUACAGACCUCUGUAAAAAAGUAGUUCUUGUUCCUUCACCUUAUUCCUUAUAAGAACCGUCGGAACUAACUCUGACUUUUAGAGUAAAGAAAACCCCAACCUUUCCUUUUUCCUUAUGCUUCCUCCCUUAUCCUGAGAACCUGUCGGUCUAAAAGCAGGGAGUUAACAAAAUGCAGUGAAGUGAGAGGGACAUUUAGGGAUUAAAAUGAGCAAGGAGGCUCAUAUAGGGAAGCGUAAUUAGUUUGACUCUCUUUGCAUUAAUACAAAUGUACAGAAUUUCAUAGACACGAUAAGCCAAUUAAUUUAUAGUAAAUAGGACUUGGGUAAGAAAUGAAUUCAGGUGGAGUUGACACAAUGUCUACAGCGUAUUAUCCCUUUUACUCAACUGCCAAUUUUAAAGGUUUUAAAACCGUCUUGAUUUUAUGGGUUUACAAAGGCAGGAUGUAUGUUUACAGAGCAAGUUAUUAACUUGGUACCUUAUCUUUACAAGUCUGUUGUUGCUUUACAGUAUUCCUGUUUUCAGAGCCCACAGUGAAUGAAAAUGUUGUUAAAUGAGGAUGUUUGUUAAUGGAAAUAUGCUUAUUUGCUUUCUUGAUCAGAAGAUUGAUACCUCUGCAAAAAAUAUGAAGCUGGAGCCAAGAGGUGAUUAGCCUAGCCUAGCCUAGCCUAGCAAACAGUUACACCACGUAACUCCCUCUAAAAACACAAAUUGUAUUUUUUGGUUUUGUAUAAGAUAUAGCAUGUUCAUUUAUAAGCUCUAGAAGUCCUGGUAGGUGGAUUUUUAAACUUUGGAGAGUCCCACUGCUUCCAGUCUUUAUUCUAGCUAAGCUAAGCUAACGGCCUCCUGGCUCUAGCUCCAUAGUACAGGCAUGAGAGCGAAUAAGCAUAUUUCCCAAAGACGAUUUCUUCAAGACCUCCUAAAACAGGCCACAGAUUCAACCUGAUACCUUUUGAAUUUUCUUGUACUGUACCGUGGUACUGGCCUUAUUUCUGAUUUCUACUUGACCAACUUAUGUCAAUAAGUACAUUUCAGUGUCCGAGGGGAUUACUGAGUGGAGUUUAGUGUGUAUAGUGACUACAUGAACCCUUAUUUACAUAUUGUAGAUGCUGAAAGAACACUAGAAACCUGCCUGUUGUUCCCCUAAAACCCAACAUGAAGUGUACAUAUUAGCUUAAUGCUUUUAUCUGAACACAAGCUCCUCCUAGAGAAACAAACUAAACUGGUUUUAGGUCAACAGUCCCUUUGACCCAUGAACCAUAUUUUGAUAUGUUGUUUUUGUUUCUCUUUAGGCAUAUUUUUAAGGUACUUUUGUUUGGUCUCGACAUUAACCGACCAUCUUUGGUACUUGUGUAUAAUGAUGUACAUUUGACAUAUUUAUAAUGCAGUAUGUAAAUAUCUUUUUUUUUUUUUUUUUGGUUUGGUUUUGUUUUGUUUUUUGUUCAAGUUAAUUUUCCUAUUGUAAUUCCUUUACAUUCAGAACGUGAAACAAGGCAAAAGCUAAAGAGUAACAUGUUGUAUGCUUGGAUGCUUGGCUGACUGUUGACCUAUUAAUAAACACUCAAAUAAAACAAUGUAGCCUUCCCUGCAUUUAGGGAAAUCAA